AUGGCUGAACAGUUCUGCACUCGGUUGCUUGAUUCCUACAUUCAACUUGUUCAUCACAGAAGAUCUUCCCUCCUUGCUUUUUGUGUUUUAAACUUUGUAUUUUCUGUCGUGGCGACUCUUGAAAAUCUUUUAGUUAUUCGCGCCUUAAUGAAAGCCUCAACGAUACCAGCUACUGUGAAAAAGCUGUUCCUAAGUCUGGCUUUCUCUGAUCUUGCAGUUGGACUGUGUUCGCAGCUUAUGACCGCUAUUAUCAACGCCUCGAUAUUGAAGAUGGCAUCAAGUGGAAACAACACAGCCUUCUUCUGUCCAACAGUUUUGGGUGUGCAAAAUUACUUUAUACAUCUUCUCGCCUCUGCAUCUUUUCUGAAUGUUAUUGUCAUCGCAUUUGAUAGACUUCUCGCUGUUUCGCUCCAUCUGCGAUAUCAGGAGCUUAUCACACCCAAACGUGUUAAUAUAGCAUUGGUGUCUUUGUGGUUGAUAAGUUGUAUCACCGGCUUCAUAUUCGUUUUCCUUCCAACAAGCAAUGAAAUAGUAGCUGCAGUCAUUUUACUGAUAGGAUAUGUUCUGACAACCGUGGCAUAUGUUCGUAUUUACAAAGUCGUCAAAUAUCAUCAGAAUCAGAUAUGCAGGCAAAAUCAGCUUCAAAAUGCCCAAACAAGGGAGGUACUCCGACAAAGGAAGUCCGCCUACAAUGUUAUAUUUGUCUAUCUUGUUUUUCUAGCUUGCUACCUUCCUCAUUUGCCUUCAAGAAUACUGUACCUGACAAAUACUUCUGAAAUUUCGUUUUUCGUAGCUUAUUACGCAUCGUUAUUCUUGAUCUUCCUCAAUUCAUCACUAAAUCCUCUUGUUUAUUGCUGGCGGUACCGAGAAAUUCGCCAAAGUGUAAAAAGCACAGUGAAGAAAUUAUUUCACAUGAACGAGAACGUGACAUGA